UUUUUUUUUUUUCCGGAAGGUUUACUGUUUUGAUGUUAACACCACCAAACAAUUAGCUGAAAUGAGAUUUGAACUACAGAAAUCUGAACGAAUCAACGUACUACGAUCUGAUCCCAGUGAACAAAAAGAAGAAGAGAAGCCAACGAGAAGAGGAUUGUUUGAUGGAGGGUUUGAUGAGUGCACGAAUCAACCCAAAUUAUGCAUAUUGUAGACGGCAUCAAUCUCCUUUUAUUCCUUCAUUUACUGCACAAUUAGCCAAAAAAGUUUAUGUAAGUCCAAUUGGGAUGAUGAAACAACCCAAACCUUUUAAUUCAGUUGCUGCUUCGGUGCAGCCGUUGGAAGCCUCGGCACUGGGCCCCCUUGACAACACACUACCAUCCAGAGAGGUGCUUGAAGUGUGGCGAAAUGCAGAUGCUGUCUGCUUUGAUGUGGAUAGCACAGUAUGCCAGGAUGAGGGCAUUGAUGAACUUGCAGAAUUUUGCGGAGCUGGGAAGGCUGUUGCAGAAUGGACGGCAAGGGCAAUGAGUGGUUCUGUUCCUUUUGAGGAGGCUUUGGCCGCAAGACUCUCUCUAUUUAACCCUUCCCUGUCCCAGGUCCAGGAUUUCCUUAAGAGGCCCCCAAGGAUUUCACCUGGCAUAGAUGAGUUGGUCAAAAAGUUGAAGGCUAAUAAUACCGAUGUUUAUUUGAUCUCUGGAGGCUUUCGUCAAAUGAUCGAUCCUGUUGCAUCAAUCCUUGGUAUUCCGCCUGAAAAUAUUUUUGCCAAUAGACUUCUGUUUGAAAAUUCUGGGGAGUUUUUGGGGUUUGAUACAAAUGAACCCACAUCAAGGAGUGGAGGGAAAGCCACUGCUGUUCAACAGAUAAGGAAGGCUCGUGGAUACAAGGCAUUGGUCAUGAUUGGAGAUGGUGCUACUGAUCUGGAGGCUCGUAAGCCAGGAGGUGCUGACUUGUUUAUUUGCUAUGCUGGAAUUCAACUUCGAGAGGCUGUUGCAGCGAAAGCUGAUUGGCUGGUUUUUAAUUUUAAAGAUCUGAUAAAUUCCUUGGAUUAGUUUGUACUUGUUUGUGUCAUUCAUCUCUUAAUUUUGCUUUCUUCUAUUAUGAUCUACUAAUAUGUUGUUGGCUCCAUAGAGCACCCUCUUUAUAUUGUUGUAUUGUUCCAUCAUUGCCAUUUGCUAUAUUGCUGUUGUUCUUCUUUUAUUUUAAUGGGGUGUAAAAAACUCAACAAUUAAUAAAGCUUGAUCAUUGGUAGUUGUCUUUGUGCUGUAAA